UAACAUUACCCGUAUUCUUUAGUUCAACCGUUUGCCGCUCGAAGCCGGUAGAGUCGUUACGAAACACGUGUCCCGCGCCCAGUUCGGCUGUAAGGCUAUACCCCUGACGGUGUCCCGGCGUCAACAGUUUAAAGCGUGUCUUGAAGUUCAACGCCGAGCUUCCACUGCGAUUGUUUGAAAGGCAGUGCACCUAAUUGGAAAUUGAAAUCAGCUACCGUAAGAGCAACACUGUACUAUUGUCUUUCGUCGUCACUGGAUCCGUUAGAUAUGGCUAAUUUCUCGAAAAUUGAAUCGAACAACUCUCCUCUACAACGCAAGUCAUGCAGUGCGUCGAAUUGCUGUUGUCCUUUUCAAGAAAAAAGGAACUUCCAACUAGACUCCGGAUCAUGGGAAAUACUACUAUGCUACGCAUGUGGUAUUAAUGGAACACAUAGGUUUUGCAUUAUUGCUCCAUGUCCCGAAAAUUGGCGCUGUGAAAUAUGCAAUAUCUUUGAAGAUAAGCUAGUCAUGUUUAAAGAAAUGUUGAAGUCUGCAACCAGAAACAUCAACUUACAACGCGUGGAUACCUCUUUACAGAUUGAAACUCGUAGGUGCAAUGUUGAAAAGUGUUUGUGUCCUCAUAGAGAGCAACAAACACAUCAAGAUGAGAUUGGAUCAUGGGAAAUACUACUAUGUCAAGGAUGUGGUAUUAAUGGAACACAUAGGAUUUGCAGUUUUCUUCCAUGUUUCCAAUAUUGGCGCUGUGAAACAUGCAAUACCUUUGAAGAUAUGGUAUUCAAGUUUAGAGAAACGUUGAAUGCUGCAAACAGAAACAUGAGCAUACGGUACGUGGAUACCUCUUUAAAGAUUGAAAGUCGUAGUUGCAAUGUUGAAAAGUGUUUGUGCCCUCAUAAAGAUCGACAAACACAUCAAGAGGAGAUUGGAUCAUGGGAAAUACUACUAUGCGAUGCAUGUGGUAUUAAUGGAACACAUAGGAUUUGCAGUUUUGUUAAAUGUUUCAAAGCAUGGUAUUGUAAAGCAUGUCAACCCAAUAUUUUGUAAUAACUAAUUAUAUUAUUUUAAAUUUUUAUAAUAGUAAAUUUAACAGUGUACACGUAAUUAUUUUAAAUGUUUUCAGCCAAUUUCAGGCAUGUAUUAUUGAUAUGUAUUUUAUUUUUAUUUACAUAUUGUGAAUUCACUAUAUCACCUUUAAACAAUAAUUCAUUUGUUUUUGUUCAUCCAUCACAUUGUUAAUUAGAUUUGUUGAGAAUUCAAGUUAUAUAAUAUGUUUCUUAUAUAUUUUGAUUGAAUUCUCAUUUUCAUAUGUUAAUUGAAUA